AUCCACACAACGAACUCCAUCGCCGAGACGUUCGACGUGACGCCCGUGCAGACUCGACAGGUGCUCGCCCCGCGCGUACCGGCCGUCGCGGCGCUCGCUGCAGCAAGGCGCGCUUCUUAUCAUCGCAAGAAGCUCAAGUGGCGCACGCGCGACUCGCAGGCGUCGCAGCUCUACAAUUUGGAGCUGGACGUGAUGGAUCUCAAGCAGGAGAUCCAGCGGCUCGUCGAGUACCAGCAGAUCCUCAACGCCCGCACUUUCAAUCGGCGUGACGCACUCGACGGCUACUACGUCAAGGCAGUCAUGGAGUACCACCGCGUGUUCGAGAACGGAUACCACCCAGGCUCCGCUAUUGACGCUGUGCAGUUCGUCAUGCAAGCCAUGGACGAGGACAUCGUUAUCGGCCGCUUCGCCGGACGCGACGUGAUGUUGCACCAGUGGGAACAGUACACGAAAGCUCUCUCCGGUCUCGAGUUCCGUUACCUGCGUUCCAAAGUCCUCUCCACUGAUGAUCAGUCCAUCGUGACGUUCUACGCCAGCUACAAGCACGUUGUGACUGAGGAUACGCUCGAGGUCAUGUUCCCUCAGGCCAUGCGCCAAUAUCCGCGCAUCGCCAGUAAGAUGUUGGGCCGCGUUUUCCAUGACGAGGGCCAGUUCAACUUCACCUUUGAUACCAAGACGCACCGCAUCGUCUCGUUCGACUUUGAGCUCGACUUCCUCCAGGUCUUCGCGCAUUUGCUGCAGGACCCGCGCGAUCUUUGCGCCUUCUUUCAAGGAGCUCGCAUCUCUGAGGAGUGCUUGAUCGGCGAUUGGGCCUGCUACGAAGAGCGGGCGUGUAAAGUGGAGGAUAACGGCGUCGAUGACACGGAACUCUCGAAGAGAAGGCGGCAUGUGACAUGCCGCCUUCUCUAA